UUAGGGAAAGAACCAAAUCUUCCAUGGCCUUGCAUGCGCCAUCUCUUCCAAUGCAUGAACCGUGUGUGGAGCACAGGAAAUAGUUCCCAUCGCAACUGCCCACGUUCAUGAGUGGUUUGUAAUUGCGUGGCAGACAUUCCAGAAUCAGAUCCUACGGGAGAAAACUAAGAAGUUCCUAUAAUUGGGUUCGGGUGAGCUAGCGGAGUUAUCCUGUGAACGAGCUUCCCCUGUUCGGAGGAAUGUUGGCCUACUGCCAGAUUAAUCGCAGAAUUACAUUGCCCGGAGCAAAGUGCCACGUGAACUAAUACUGGGAGAGAAAGGAGUUGGUUAUCAUUUUUAUUUCACCUUGAUCAGUUUCUCACAGUUUGAAAGGUCAGGAAUCUUCAGCGCGUGAAUUUGACCCAGCUCUUUAUGUAGCUCUUUUCGGAGCAUUGGUGUGCAGCCAUUGCUGGAAGGGCAGAAGAGUGCACAUUCGCGGCAGAAAGGUGAUGUCAGGUGGAUGUGAGCCUCGAUUCAAGUUCUAGGCCCUUAUGUGUGAGCGAGUCAAAAACCUGAUGUGGUCAUAUUCAUGAAUGAGAGAAUUUGUGGGGGAGUAUCGGAGCAGUGAAGUUGCAGGCUUACCGUUUUCCUGCAUUUACAAAUUACAGAAGAGCCUACACUGGUACAAAGUCCAAUGCUCAGAGUUGGUAGUGUUGGUUUGUUUCUAGUUAAGGAAUAGUUGGGCUUUGCAUUCGACCUUCUUCUCUGUACAAUUGCUUACUUCUACAAUCCAGCUGCCUCCGAGAGUUUGCACACGAAUCUACUCGGAGUACUUUGAGAAUGUGACAUUGCAAUCGAAGGAGGUGCGAUAGACUCCAUGGCUCCACCUGUAGAUUGGUCUAGAGGAGCUUGUUAGGAUUGCAUGAAUGCCAUGGCCGCAGCAGUCACACACAGUCUACUUAGAAAAUCACGCCGUUUAGGAGGGUCAGUGUGAGGCCAUGAUGUAGAUUAGAACUCUAGCACGAUGGACACGAAGGAUGUAAUGGAUGGCGGUAUACACCAUCACAGAAUGAAGUGUGAAAUAGGAGAGAGGGAAAAGGUCAAUGGCGUCUUAAGGCAGUGUGAAGAGCACGAUGGCGAUGGAAAGAAGACGAAGAAGAGGAAGAAAGCUCUUGCAGGGGAAAGGAGGAUCGUCGUCGGUAUGAAGCUCGCCGCGGCGUACCGAGAGGUUUUAACGUGGACCAUUGUCAAGGUUGCGCACCCCGGUGAUCUUGUGAUUGCUCUCCACGUUGCUCCCUUCCCAUCACAGUCAGGUUCCAGGGGUGACAAUGUCUGGGCAGAUCAACAACAAUUGACGAGCGCUUUGCACACCAUCCUGGCAGUGUACGAAGGCCUCUGCAAUCUCAAACAAAUCAAACUGCAGCUCGAGAUUGUAAACGGGAUCAAGGUGAGGAAAACACUCGUGGAGGAGGUGCGCAACUACGAGGCGUACAAAUUGAUUCUGGGGACAACCAGGCAGCAUGCAGCGGGCUGGAGUGCAUCGCUUGGAAAGUACUGUACAAAGCGACUCCCGUCCACAUGCUCGGUGGUAGUUUUCGAUCAGUGGAAAAUUAUGUUUGAAAGAAGGGGCACACGGAUUGCAACAUCUGGGCCCUCGAUGAUGAAAAUUCUGCGACAGAGUGUUAAAAGCAUAGGGAAGAGCAGGAAAGAGUCCAUUGCGACAUCACGCUUUGAUGAUGACGGCACUGUGUCCACACAUUCAACAACGACCACCGCAACUGGGACGAAGGACGCCAAUUCUAGAGAAUGCGAUGACCGUGUCACUGUUAAUGACUCUGAUUGUGCUUCGUCAUCGAGUUCAACGAUGUUGCAUGAAGACCCGGUCGGAUCGAGGUCGAAGUCACGCUCAGCAUCGCCGAUCAGUGUCCUCCCACCCAAUCGACUGGAGAGCGCAUUGUCUAAUUUUGAGGCCUUUCGUUUAUCGUAUUCGAAGCGUCGAUUAGAGGGUUCGAUUUCGAAACGGACGAGCUCCUUGAGAGUUGAGAAACAAAAUCUGCAGCAGCUUUGUGGCGGUGAAGGUGAGGGCGAUGAAGACGACUCUAUCGAAGAGUUGGACCCUUAUCCUACAGGAGCAUACAAUUCUGACAAUGAAUCAAGAUGUUCGGCGCCAGUGCUCACUGAGAAGAUUGUUGAACAGGCCAUAACAUCCUCUGAGACUAACGAGACCACACCGAGAACAUGGCCCCUCGCGCAUCACUCUCUCAGCGGUGACGAAAUAUCGAACAGCGUGUCAUCUUCUGAAACCGUAACAAUUUCUGAGAUUGAGGAGCCCAUCCAAAGAGGUUGGCCCCUCAUGCAUCGUUCAAUAAGACGUGAAAGCUUGAACUUGUCCUUCGGUCCAACGCUUGACCGAAGCAUGUCAGUUGUAAAUUGGGCAUUGCAACUGCCGGAGCGAAGAGGAAAAUGUACAGAUAGAGGGUGUGUAACCAAAGAACAUUGGAAAGGUGUCAAUUACUCUACCUAUAUGCAAUCUGGCAGUGAGGAUAGAUUCUAUACCGCUCAAGUCAGAUUUUCCUUAAGCCUGCCGCACAUCAGGACACCCACAAUGGGAAGAUUCGAGCCCGAUCGAUUAGUGUCGUUAACAUUCCAAAUCAAUCAAUUAUGUCGAGGCCGCCCGCGAGUGUUUACUUACGAAGAGAUUGACGCAGCAACGUCGAGCUUUUCUUCAAGUAAUUUGAUCGGAAUAGGUGGAGGGAGUCAAGUAUUCCGUGGCCAGACAUCUGAGGGCCGGCUUGUGGCUGUCAAGCUAUUAAAUCAAGGGCGACCACAAGCACAGGAGGAGCUUCUCAACGACAUUGCGAUAAACAGCUCACUAAAACACCGCCACAUUGUUGCACUGCUCGGCUAUUCGGUGGACGAAAGGCAUCUCAUCCUUGUUUAUGAAUUUCUUCCGAAUGGGAACUUGGACGACCACCUCCACGGUGGGAAAGAUUCAGCUGUGAUUCCUUGGGAAGUGCGCCACAAAAUUGCUAUCGGAAUCGCCCGGGCCUUGGACUACCUUCACGAUGGGUGCCCCCGGCCAGUUGUGCACAGGGACGUGAAGGCGUCGAAUAUUUUAUUGACAUCAACCUUUGACGCUCAGCUGUCAGAUUUUGGACUGGCGAAGUGGGCCCCAACCGACAUUCCAUUCAUUCGGUGUAACGAUGUAGUCGGCACGUUUGGCUAUUUGGCACCCGAGUAUUUCAUGUAUGGAAGAGUGAACGAGAAAACCGACGUGUACUCAUUUGGUGUGGUUCUUCUCGAGCUCCUUACUGGUCGGCAGUCGAUUGACACAACUAGGCCAAAAGGCAAAGAAAACCUCGUUCUAUGGGCGCGGCCACUACUGGAGGAGAAAAACAUCGAUAUAUUGGCGGAUCCCCGACUUUCUGGUGAAUUUGACGUCGACGAAUUUAUAAGCAUGAUGCUUUCAUCUGCUCUCUGCAUCAGCCACUCUGCUCACCGAAGACCACAGAUGAGCAAGAUACUCAAAAUCUUGUCUGGAGAAGGCGAAAAUCUUGGCUACUGGCCCCGGCGAGAACUUACCAACAAUUCCAUAGACAUGGAUGAAGCUGGCAACAAUUUGGUGGAUGGGGCUGCAAACUUCGGUGCUACAGAUAUCCAAACGCACUUGGCGCUUGCCAUGCUCGGGGUUGAUGAUGGAAUCGACGAUGAGUCUUCACUCCAUGACCAUGACCCAAGUGGGACGCUUGCUCCACAUUCCAGUGCCUACCUCGAGGAGUAUCUAAAGGGUCGAUAUAGUCGGUCGACAAGCUUCAACAUUUGAACAUUCUCUCUAUACUAUACAGCAGAGGGAUCGUGUCCGAGGAUUUGAUUCAGUCUAGACGAUAAGCAGAAGCUGUACGUCGGAAUGAUUAGUAAAUCCUCGAACAUGAUCUUUCUGCUUACCAAACUCGAUUUCUCCCACUUGUUGCAAGCUUUGUGGUGCUUCAUCGGGGUAUUUCAUGAGGGUAUGCAACCCCCUCCCUGUUACGCAGGAGAGUCGCCCCAGUCUUCCCCGAUGACUCCAAAGUUAAAAAGCUUCAUGGAACUGAUUCCAGAGAUAAUCUUUUCAAUGAAUCAUGGAACUUGAUCCCGGAACAAAAAUACUAAUUUCACAGAUA